UAGUAACACCGCACAAACAGAACGGUGUACACACGUUCGAACUGAAAACUGAAAACACAGUUUCACUGACAGUUCCGGCUUACCUGGCGCCGUCAGUUACGCGUUCAAAACGGCCCAAAUACUACGUAACAAAGUUUAUAUUUGGAUAAAAUGUAACGUGCUUUCUGUUAAUAGUUUCCGUGAAUUAUAUAGAAACUUAUUGUGCCAAAAACAACAAUGAUUAACUUACGCGUCUUAAGAUUGUUGUGAUUUUACGCGAAUGAAUUGUUGUGUGGUUUAUUAACAAGAUGUAACUAUUAGAUCAUUAAUGUAUACCUCAACAGUGUUGUGAAUAUAAUGUAAGUGUUAGUUCGCGAGUGAGAUGUAGGCGAAUGUUGAUACUUAGACUGAAGUAAACAUCAAAGGUUGUGAUUUAAAUCAACAUCUGUCUUCAACAUAGUGUGUCGGACUUAUCAAACACUAUAACUCAAAUGUUGUGAAACAAAUUAUACUUAUUUAUACAGUUAUUAGGAAUCGUUUUCUCAAAAAUCUAUUUUCACUUUACUAGUUCAAAAGCGAAGGUUGUGUUUUACAUCGAACUUUUCUCUCUCUGUAAUUUCCCUCGAGGUUGUGACUACGAUAGACUAACAAAAGACGAAUGUUGGAAUAUCUUGUGUUUGAACAGUGCUCCAUUCAAUAUUAAACAAAAUCUGUGUUUUGAAAAUGUAAUGAAGAAACGCUGGAGGUAAAGGUGACAUCGAUGUUUGAGAAUAUGGGCUUGGUUAAGAUGCAGGGGCCACGACUUCGAUGUCAUGAUGGCUGCUGUUAAUUCGGUAGCGACGGCACGGUUGCCACUGCCGACGUUCUCGCCCCGUGCUGUGCUAAUGUACAGCACGGCAGUGGCUGGCGAGGGCGUCGCGCUACAACUGCGGGAAGCGACAGCAGCAGAGAUCGACGAGCGACUAGCCAUCGCCUGUCACGAGCCCGACCUGCUUGCUGAUCUGCUGCAUGCUGCUACUGAUAUCGAUGGUGAUCACGACGGGCUGACUGCUCUUCUUGGUUCCUCGUCACCAGACCUUGCUCUGACUUCGGACAAUUCCGACAGCUUGCCGACACCAGAACACGAUAACGAGAGCAAGCUACCUCUGCGGGGCGGUGUUACGACAGUAUCGGUUGCGGUGACUGGUCUCGAGGGCCGACCCAUCGCGAGGAAGGUCCCGCGACCGAAGCCUGCUUCUCCAAACCGACAAGGGCCGCAGCAAUGUCAAGUAUGCAAUAAGAUAUUUGGCAACGCGUCAGCACUCGCUAAGCACAAGUUAACACAUAGCGAUGAGAGGAAGUACGUCUGUAUCACCUGUGCCAAAGCCUUUAAGAGGCAGGAUCAUCUAAACGGUCAUAUGUUGACACACCGCAACAAGAAGCCUUACGAAUGCAAAGCAGAUGGAUGUGGCAAGUCAUACUGCGACGCGCGGUCACUCCGGCGGCACACGGAAAAUCAUCAUCAACCGCCCGUGGAGAAAAUUAAAGAUGUGGGUACUCCCGAAGGAUCGUCGGGUUCAGAACCAGACAACAGUCUUCGGGCAGCAUCUCGGUCACCGGCAACGUCACGCAUUUCCGUGCUCUCUGAUACUAUUUACUCGUCGGAGAAGUUGAACACGAUAAGUUCUAGCGGAAGCGCAAACAAGAGCGGAGAGAGAACCCCGCCAUUAACACCGCCAACCAUCAUGCUACCAGCACGUCCUAAGCCGAAGACCAAAUCGAAAAGCCUGAACUCGACGCACCAGGCAGCCUCGAAAUGUGGGAGUGGCCCAAGUGCUGGCGGAACGUUAAUCGCUUCAAAUACAGGAACAAAUGCAGCUCGUCCGACAGAUGCCAAACCAGUGGAAUGCAAUCUCUGCCAUCGUAAAUUUAAAAAUAUUCCAGCACUCAAUGGCCAUAUGCGACUGCAUGGCGGCUACUUUAAAAAGGACUCUGAUAAGAAGUUAGACAAAAAAGAAGCUAGUGGCCCUCCGUUACAAACAGCUUCUGUGUCUGUGAGAGCGCUCAUAGAAGAAAAAAUAAUAAGUCGUCGAAGCGCUAUUACUGCAACGCCAACAACAGUUACAACAAUACCUCGUCCCGGUUUUAUUACACCAGCACCACCUCCAUUGUCAAAUAUACGGACGUCGUCAGGCUCGCCUGCAUCACCAGUAACAACAUCGGUUCAUUUUGUAUCACCUAAAGCACCACCAGUCGUCACUUUUGCGACCAACUCCACAGCCAAAGUUACACCUAUUCCAAAAGACUCCACGCUAAUUGAACUCUUAAAAAAGAGUAACACAAAGAUUGUGAAAAGAGCCGCUUCAGAUCCAGGACAAUCUCCACAACAACAACAAGAAUUUACAUUUAGACCAGAACUUUUUGGAGUUACAUUUAACUCUGACGACGGUUACUUUUCACCUGCACUAAAUGAUGAUACUUUUCAAUUUACUACAGCUCCAGACAAUCUAGAAGAACUAGCAUCAUUAGAAGACUAUGCAACCGUAGCAGCGUCUAUACAUGAACGAUCUCCUGUCAAUUUUCCAUCUAAUCGUCGCUUAGCUGCAGUCCUAAAUUCACCAUUGCCAGAAUCACUAGCUGAUUUUGGAGCCUGUCAUGGAGGUUCUCCUGUUCCCUCACCAGGAUUACGUUCUUAUACCGACAACUCUCCUAGCCUUUCAUACACAACAGGUGAUUCUCCAAGCCUAGCAUUCACCGGGACAUCACCUAGUGGAAGCUAUUCCACACAUCCAACACCUUCUCCUGGAUUCACUUACCCUACGCCACCGGCUUCGCAAGAUGCUCAGUCACCAGUACACACUGCCCCAAGAGUUUCAUCACCACUCACGGCUGCUUUUUUCAGCGCAACAAUGUCGAGCCAAGAAGAGGUAGAAGAAGCUUUAGAAGAGGUAUUACCCGAAGAAUGUGGAUCUUUAGAUGCUUUUACAUUGCAAAACUCCCCUACAGCGCGCCGAAUGAUGCUAAAUUCCGAAGAUCCCUUGCUCUCGAGCACUCCGCGUGACUUCCCACACCAGAGAUCUACUCGUAACAACAAUUGCUCAAUAACUCACCUUUCCACAACUUUGACACCUUGGCAAUCAGAUUCAAAUUCACUACAGGUUUGUGUCGAGGGUCGAGAGCCUGUACCAGCUGUAUUCCUAAGCCCAAAUAGUAUACCCCCUUCACCCCAACGCCGAAAAAGAAAAGCUUCGCCUGUUGGCCCAUACCGAUCAAGAAUGCGACGCACAGUGUGCCAUUUCACACCACUACCGUUGCUACCACCAGACAGAGAUGGCACGGGACUUUAUGUUGACUUAACCAACGGUUUAUCCAGUACAGAGGUAGAUGUGCUGGCACAGUUUGAGGUCAAUCAAAAACCACAAAUCAAUAUUGGCCCUGAGCAUCAAGCUGAUAUACCUGAACUAUGCAAUGAUCGCAUUGACCUCCACAGAGUCCCUGAACAGCUUCUCUGGGAUCCUGGUAUUAAUGAUGCGCUUGAUGACAAUGAAGUCCGUAUGUUCAUGGAGCUUGCAAUGUGUGCUGCGAUGCCUGUAGGCGGUCACACUCGUGAAUUUGCGCUUCAGACACUUGGAGAAUGUGGAGGUGACAUUCGAGCGGCCACACUAAAACUCAUGUCAAGACCUGCUGCGCCAUCUCAGCAUGAGGGCAGAUGGACACCUGAUGAGCUGGAAGCUUUUCUGACCGGUCUAGCAUGUUAUGAUAAGGAUUUCUUCAGAAUCUCACAGCUGGUACGAACAAAAGACUCAAAACAGUGCGUGCAAUUCUACUACUUCUGGAAGAAAGUGACAAAAGACUAUAAAACACAAUAUUUGCGAAGCUGGAGUGACGCGCAACCACUACAAGGUACAGUAGGGCAGCCAACACUCAGCGUCCCGUCACCAUCUUCUCUCGAAGGAGAAGAGUUUCCAUGCAAGAUUUGUGGGAAAGUAUUUAACAAAGUUAAAAGUCGUAGUGCACACAUGAAGUCGCACCGGCCACUCGACGCCGAGCCAAAAAGGCCAAAACUCGAAAAGCCUUAUGAAAAGGUCGAGAGAUCUGACGAUCGUUAGCGACUGCUGAAUAAACAAAUUUGCACACAAUAUAACGAAAGUUACUCAUUUACUUCACUGAGCGACUAAUCAUCACUAUGACGAUCACGGUAUUUUACUAUAUUUAUUAUUUUUGGCUGAUCGUUUAUAAAACGCUACAUCUUAUGAAAACAUCGAACGCUCGCACAUGCGCCAUACCUUUUGGCAAUUAAAGAGACUUUGGAGUUCGGACUAAACGGAAUCGUGUAAGCAUUUAUUUGUUUGUAAAAAAAAUAGAUUGAUAGACAUUCGUCUAGAAAUUAUUAACUAGUAAUUGGUAGUAACUAGGUAGAAACAUAAGCUUUGGAUAUAAUCGGUCAGAAUAUUAUAUUCUCAUUACGCUAAGCCUAAAGAGAGCGUAAAAUAUUUUGUAUACAAACGUAGAUAAAUUAGGCUCAUGUAAUGUUUUUAUAUGACUUCUCAAUGUGACUGCAAGUGUGAUGUUGUAUAAAUAUUCUAGUAGAUAAAUCUUCUAGUCUGGCUUUAAAUUUCAUUAUAUUUUUAUAAAAAACUGUGGUAGCUAACGUGCAAAUGAAAAUUUUGAUUAAUAAUUAUGAAUACACAAUAAAAAACUAUGAAGUAAAAUCGUCGCCAAACUAUCUAUUUUAACCAUCUAGAUACGCGAUGUACCUCCACAGUGCAUUUUAACGGAGAUUCGCAAACUUUCUUCCACUUAGGAACAAUUAAACUGUCUAAUGAACUUCCUUAUAUGAUUUUUCCAGUUCGAUACAUGGGUACCUUAAAAAAUUCGUGUUAACCUUCUUAAAAUUCCUGUAACGCUACUGUAAUGAACAUUCCACUAUUGUUCCAAGAGUGUGCGGCAUGAGUAUUAUCUAUUAUCAUCAGGCUACCCGUACGCACUUCUUAGUCUUUUUUCUAUUCCAUAAAAUAACGAGCGACAUAGAUAUGUAUCUACAGAAUUUAUUUUCCGGAAAAUUGGGAAGGCGACCGUCAGCAUGGAAUAUAAAUUUAUUUAGUCUAUUUGAGUUUUUUUUUUAAUGACACAAAUUGGCGAUAUGUUUAUCAUAGAAACCAUAAUAUUCUGUUGUUAUGUACUUUUGCAGAGGUUUUCCUUGUUUCAUCAUUAUUACAUUUAUUAACAUCAUAAGCUUUAUUGCUUGCAUUCUUUAGUUCAUAUCGCUUCAGCCGAAAUACAUCCACUGUGGUUAGAGAUCUCCAUGACGAUCGGUCCUACGCUACCCUUAUUCAGCUUAUUCCGCCGAUCUUGAUCAACGGGGCCAUCUUGUGGGGGGGGCUACCAACAUUACAUCUUCUAGUACGUGAUCGCCAUUCGAGUACUUCACUGUCCCAACGGCCAUCCUCCUUUGAGCUAUGUUCCCUGCUCACUGCCACUUCAGUUUCGCAAUUUUUUCUAGGUAUCUCCUCAUUUCUGAUUCGAUUUCACAGGGAAACUCCGAACGUAGCCCUCUCCAUUGCUCUCUGAGCAACCACCGCAUAAGACCCAUAGUUAGCGACCCCGUCUGCUUUUCAAAAGUCAUCACUGGCUAAACACACUGGUUAAGAUCUUCGGUUUGAGACACUGUGGUAUGUGGGACGAGAAGAAUUACGGAACUUCCCGAAGGCUUAGUUCAAUAUUAAUUAUUAUAAUAAAUUAUAUUAUGACAUAAUAUGAAUACUAUUCAAAUCGGUUUUUUUAUUAAUUUUUUCCUGUUUAAGGAUUUAUUACUGGAAAUUGAUUCAAUAAGUCCUAAACUCCUUCGGUGCAUCCUUGCUAUCACAGUCGUUUAUUAAAAUUAUAUAAAUAAUUCGUCAGACUUAAUAGGUAAUAAAUAUUAGCCGUUACGAUUAAGUAGAGUUCGUGUGAUAAAAUACAAAGAGUUAUUUUGUCUACAUUAACUCUUUAUUUAUCAGAAAUAUCUUUUGCGAGCCCAGCUCAUUGUUUUAGGUUAUUUGUUAUGUUUUUGUUAUUUAUUUGUUUUAGCGUAAAUAUUGCUUUAGUUUUCUUUCAUCAUGUUGUUGACAUCACGGAAUUCAAUUCAAACUCCGUACCGACGAAAAAUACUCACAUAUCGAUACAAUUUAGAAAAAUAUUCAAAAAUAUGCUUCUAUGAAUAUCGUAACUUAUAUGUUACAGAUAAUUUUAUUUAAUAUAAGAAACUAUUAUAAAAAUAUUUACAAAAAUGAGAACUCAUUAAACGCUAGUGACUAUAAUCUACUUUUACAAAUAUUUCGUUCCAAGAUAUUCAAAGAAGCUGAAAUAUAAUGAGACGAAAAAUAAAACAAAAUGGAGGGAUAUUUUUUUACAUGGAUAUUAAAAUGCUCAAAUCUUUUAUCUUAUGUUGAUAAUAUUAUAAUCUUGUUCGUGUUGUUGAUUUGUUUUUACUAUUGUAAUAUAUUAUUCAAUUUAGGCACUAAUAUAUGUAAGAAUAUAAUUGUUGUGAUAAAUGUGUACAUGUAUUAAUCGUAAAUAUAUAUUAUGUACAAAUCUGGCAAAAAUACUUGCUCAAAAUAUUUCUCUGAUCCCGUUAGUACAGGAGAUGUCCAUAUACAUAAUAUUAUCUUUAUUAUUCUUUAAUAUAAAAUAUAUAAAUAAAAGCUACAAUUUCUCUAUGAAAACAGACAGUUAUGUUAUUUUUUGUCGCUAUUUAAAUGAAGAACAAGGGCUAUCUUAAUUUCGAAGCAACUACACUUAAUAUAUAGAACUGUCCAAAGCUAAUUAAUUGUGAUUGCUUCACUAUUAUUUAGGCAGGUCAUUAUGCUUCCUUUUAAUGUAUAGCUUAUCUUUUCACUCACUUGAAGUUGUUUAUUUUGAGUACCUACUUGGUCAAGAAUUUAAUUCAAUGAUCGAUAAAAGUUCUAUAUAUUUUGUAUGCUGAUCUUGUCCUUAAUUAUAAUGCUUUGAUAGUUCCAACCAGCGUUUUAAUGAUUUGUUAUUUGAGGUUAACUAAACCUUAGGUUGGGUCUAUAAGGAUUUCGGCGAAACAAGUUAUGGAGCCAAAGAGAAAGCGUAUGUAUGUGUGGCGCGGCGAAUUAUCAUUCUACGAAAGAUCUUCCCUUUCGAUAGAGAAGUUUUUUUUCCGUGGUUCAUUGUAUUUGAUCAAGGCCUUAGCUAAGCUGUUGAUUAGUAACGGAUCACUGUAUAACGAAGUUCAUAAAAACUUACUCUCGCAAAUGUAGUUACAUUUGCCUGCAGCCACAUACAAUUGUUGAUGACCUAACUGUGCCAUAUUUAUAACACUUAAUUCGUACAAAGAAUAUUAGCUAGUUCUCAAUCGUUUUUUUUCAUGUGUUGGCUUAACAUUAAAAUUUUUACAGCAAGAUAUAACUAUCGCUGAACAUUGUGGUUGUGAAACUUUUUAUCUUGUCUUCCGAUAGCUAAAAUUCACCGGUUACAUUAAUUACAUAACAGUAUUCAUUUAAAAGACAUCUUAAUUUAUCGAGUGAUUUAUUACUGUAACUCUUUUUAUUCCUAAUUUAACUAAAAGCGUUUGACGCUCACAGUAUUAUUAUUCAAAGAAAUCUAGUAUAUAUAUAAAAGAAAAUGAACCGACAAGGAAAAUAAAUCUACCUGCGGUUUGUGUUAGCUGUUAUAUAUCUUCAAACCACGAACUAGUAAAAAAAUAAGAACUCCGUGUCCAUAACAGUGUAGCACCAAAACAAGCCGAUUAACGUGUAAAUACAUAGCCCCACGCACACACUUACACUGCUACAGGCCGAUAGGCGGCCAUUAUGAGAAUUGUCAUCGUCUGUGACAGAUCAGUUUGUGUCUCAAUAUAAUAUUUUUAAAAUGCCGUCGUGCGUUGUGAAAAAGUGUAAAAACGAUAAUAUAUAAGUAUUUGUGGCCAUAUAUGAUUAUUUAAGGGAGAAAAAAUUGUGUAACUGGUAUCCCCCGUAACCGCACACACACUAGCAUAAUGGUGCUUCACUUGCUAAUAUCACGGCGUGGAGUCCUUCUUUUUAUACUCGUCCGUGCUUCAAACUUGUUUUUUUUUUU